AUGGCUGAAGACGAUGGAUUGCUGAUCAACUUUAGCAGCCGUAAGCCCAAUACCUCCAAAACCUCACAAAGUGUUGCCUUUCGAAAGAAGAAUCUUGCUACCGCUUCUACAGGAACAAAGAAAGCGACAGUAGCAAAGCAAGCGCCAGUGAUCAAGAAACCAGCAGCACCUGUAAGCACAGCAGCAGCAGCAGCACCAGCAACAACACCAGCAACAACAGCAGCAGCAGCAACAGCAACAACAACAACAACAAGCGAAUCGAUCCCUUCGUCUGAUCUAGAACGAACAUCACUCCAACAAAAGUUUGUUCAUGGCAGAAAUCAAGUUGUUUCUUCGAUUUUCACUGCGAAUCCAGAAUUUAGGCAACCACUUGCCAAAAAUAUCAAGAGGAAAGUCAACGAUAUUCCAAGCAAUGCACCUGUCGCCGACAGUACGACGUUCACCGGUUUGGGCAUCGAUCCCGAUCUCUGCACUGGACUAAGCUCAAAACUUGGAGUUGAGGUUCCCACCAACGUCCAGCGCAAAGCGAUUCCUACACUGUUAGGUCCAUCACGGACUGUCCGCGAUGCGACGAUUCCAGAUCACGACGUGGACGUCGUGGUGCAAGCCGAAACCGGCUCUGGCAAGACUCUCACAUACUUGCUCCCAGUUGUGAGCCGACUUGUUGCAGCAUCCACAAUUACCAGUGACUAUGCCGGAUUUGGCGAUCGAGCUAUUGGCACCGUCGCUAUUAUCCUGACACCCACACGUGAAUUGGCCCAGCAAGUUUUGCAAGUGCUCCAAAAACUCGUCAACGUCCCCAGAUCACAAGACGUACGCCGACUUCAUUGGAUCGUACCUGGUCUUUUGAUCGGUGGUGAAAACAAAAACAAGGAAAAGGCUCGCCUGCGUAAAGGUGUCAAUGUCUUGGUCAGCACACCUGGUCGACUAUUGGAUCAUCUCGAGAAUACAAAGAGCUUUGACGUGCGACAGCUACGUUGGCUUAUUCUCGAUGAAGCAGAUCGUCUUUUGGAUCUUGGAUUUGAAGAGACAUUGACCAAGAUUAUGAAGCUAUUGGAUGAGCGGAACGGAAAGACGGAUCCAAAGUACAUCACUGCAUUACAGCACAAGUUUUGGCCAGCCAAGCGACAGAACGUCCUCUGUUCGGCCACGUUGAGAGAUGAUGUCAAGCAUUUGGCUGGUGUGGCGUUGGAUCGACCUGUCUUUGUGAGUGGCAACGCUGUCAAGGAGAGUUUGGAUACGGAUCAGGACAAGGAUGACGACGAUAUGAUGAUGGAAAAAUACUCGACGCCCAAUCAGCUCAAACAAACCUACACAAUCACGCCGGCCAAGCUCCGGCUUGUCACAUUGACUGCCAUGAUCCGGUCCUGCUUCUGGGACGCACAGCGGAAAAGGUCAAAAAACAGCAAGGUCAUUGUGUUUUUAUCCUGUUGUGAUUCUGUGGAUUUUCAUUAUGCCCUAUUUGGGAAUGCUGGCAAACAAGAAGAUGGCGACGAUAAUGACGAUGGCGAGCAAGAUGAAAGCGAUGAUGGGAAUGAGAACAAGGCUAUGCACAAGGCGCUGAACAAGAUCAUGGGCAACAAAAAGGUGAACAAACCAAAGACGACGACGGAUGACGAUGAUGAACCCGACCUUGGCUACCUGGUGAGUCAGUUGCUAAACGACGUGCCCGUCUACCGACUCCAUGGCGACAUGGACCAAAAAUCACGCACACGGUCUUAUCAGCAAUUCAGCCAGUCAUCCUCAGGCGUGCUGCUAUGUACGGAUGUCGCUGCACGAGGAUUGGAUAUGCCGGACGUGGACCGCAUUAUCCAGUAUGAUCCUCCCACCGACCUGAAAGAUUAUGUGCAUCGUGUGGGUCGUACAGCGCGUCUGGGAAAGGCAGGUAGUGCAGCGCUGUUCCUAUUGCCCAGCGAAAUGGAUUAUUUGGAUAUCCUCAAGGCACAAGAUCUGUUUCCUGAACCGGUGACCGUUGAAGCUGUCCUAUCGACACUCACGCCAAAAGUGGAUUUCCACACACCUGCACAGGAACUGCAAAACAAGAUGGAACAGUUUUUGCUGCAUAAUCAAGACAAUGUCCUGUUGGCGCGCAAAGCUUAUUGGUCCAGCAUGCGUGCUUACGCAACGCAUGCUAGUGCAGAAAAGCACAUCUUCCAUGUCAGGAAGCUCCACCUGGGUCAUAUGGCCAAGUCAUUUGCGCUACGUGAAGCGCCGUCCAACCUGCAAGAGACAAGCAAAGGACAGAAGAAGAAGGAAGCCAAGAAAGAGCGUAUGCCAGGCAAGGCCCACAAGAAAGCGAAUCCAAUGAAGAAACGGACGUUUGAUCAUGCGGACGAGUUUGCCAUCACCAGUGCGGAUAGCUUACCAACUGGUCCAACUACGCGGCAAAGGAAAAAGAGUAAAAAGACGUGA